AUGCAUUAUGCACCACUUGUCGAAGUAUUGGUGUUUAGCCGUGAAUGUGGUGCAUUGGUUUUGAGUCCUUGCCGUAUUCAACCAACAAUUGAGGAAAGGAAAUACCUUUACCACUGGGACAACGUUGAAAGAAGACCAAAAAAUACGAGUUUUGGGAAUCGGCUUAAGAAAUGUAAUCAGGGAACGUCUGGUAACAGUUGCGAAAAGUCGGAAAACCCAGAAAGCCCAACCACUGUUAGUAACGGCGACCUGAACGGAAAUGUUCCAUCUGAAAUUAUAGAAAGUUUCUUAAAACCGUUAUUUUUUUUUAAAUUCUUUUGUCUUAUUUUUGUAAUCACAGGAAGUGGCGGAUUUGGAACUGUGUUUGUGAGCAAAUACAAUCACAAAAAAGUGGCAAUAAAACAACUGCAUUAUAGACGUCAUUCUUCUUCUGAGGAUUUUUGGUCUUUAUGUGCUGAAUUAAACGCAUUUCGGCUACCUCGUUCACCAAAUAUAGCGACAGUUCUAUCUUUUAUAUCGUCUGAUUCCAAGAUGCAGAUUGUUACCGAAUUCGUGUGCGGACGAGAUCUUCAAAAAAUGAUCGACGAUGAUCAGUGGAUUAUACAUACCAAAGAAAGAAAAGCGAUUGCUUAUCAAAUAGCAAGUGGUUUAGCGCAUUGUCAUUCGCAUCGUCUACUGCAUCUCGAUGUAAAACCGUCAAAUGUACUGUUAUCAGAAGACUUGGAAACAUGUAAGCUAACAGACUUUGGUUGUUCAAGAGUUGCGACAGAAGUUUCGUGCGGUUUACUGAUUGCACCAAAUUCUACCAAUACUUCCAGUUUUGGCACUAUCGCUUUUAAAGCGCCUGAACUGUUAAAGAGUGGCCGGCCAACAGAUCGAGCAGAUAUUUAUUCAUACUCGUUGUUGCUGUAUGAACUUCUGUCAAGACAUGCUCCAUACCAAGGUCUUCAUCCGCACACAAUAAUUUUCUUAGUUGCCGGCCAAAAUAUGCGUCCUGAAUUAGACGAGGUCAAGCAGAAACUUGUAAAAGAAGGUAUUUUUUCUUUAGAGCUAACUAACCUGUUAUUAUCAAGACUUUCAGUUUGA